GCGCUGCCGCGGUCGCUGCUGGCGCCCGCGCCCGAGCCCGACGGGCCCGCGCCGCUGGACGUGGGCUGCGAGGCGGAUCCGCCCGAGCCCGCGCCCGCGCUGCCCGGCGGGCUGCACGACGGCGACGCCGCCGACGACCGGGACGACGAGGGCGACGACGACUGGGAGGCGCGCCUGGCGGCGCAGGCGCCCACGCCGGCGCUGGCGCGGCUCACGGCGCGGGUGGCCGACGUGCUGCGCGACCUGCGCCUGGCGCGCCUGGCCGCCGGGCCGCGCGUGCCGCGCGCGCUGCGCCAGGACCAGGCCCGCGCCGCCGCCGCCAGGCUGCGGCGCGCGCUGGCGCCGGCGUGGGCGUGGGGCGGCGCGGCGGGCUGGCUGCAGGCGCUGGGCGCGGCGCUGCCGGGCGCGGCGGCCGCGCGCCUGCGGGACGUGCUGCUGGAGCUGCGCCGCGCCGCGCCGCGCCUGGCCGCGCGUCUGCCGCCCGCCGCGGCGCCGCCGGCGACGGAGGCGGGCGGCGCGGGCCCCGCCGGCGGGCCGCUCGUGGUGUGGGUGAGCGCGGGGCGCGCGCGCGCCGACGCGCGCUGGGAGCGGCGGCUGCGCGCCUGCGUGUGCGUGCGCACGGUGCGCGCGCCGCCCGCGGCCCCCGCCCCCGCGGCCCCCGCGGCCCCCGCGCCGCCCGAGCGCUGGUGCGCGGCGCAGGCGGCCGGCGCGCGGGCCGCGCUCGCCGACGUGCUGGCCGACGCCGGGUCGCGCGCGGUGAUCCUGUGCGGGUUCGGCGCGGGCGCGGCGCUGGCCAGCGCGCUGGCGGGCGGCGGCGUGCGCGGGCUGGCGCUGCUGGGCGCGGCGGAGGCGGAGGCGGGGGCGGGGUCGGCGCCGACGGUGCCGUGGCUGGCGCGCGCGGCGGGCGGCGGGCGGCUGGUGCUGGUGGAGGGCGCCGACGCGGCGCUGCGCCUGCCCGCCCGCACGCGGCGCCGGCUGCGCCUGCCGCAGGCCGCGCUCGACGCCGCCAUCGCCGAAGAAGUCGCCGUUUGGGCGCGCGAGGUUGCCGAAGGAAGCGUGGAGAACGAGCGGAGCCGCGGCGCCUCGCCCGAGCACGAGGACUACGCGCACCUGCCGGCGCCGGCCGAGCCCGACACAAAUCCGAGUUGCGGAACGCCUACAAAUACACGCGCUAUCGAAAUAGUCGAGGGCCGCGUGGUGGCUCGCGUGUCGGGCAGCACGCCGCUGCUGCUGCCGCCGCGAAUGUCCAGCAGCACGCCGCAGCUGCUGCCGCCGCGAGUGUCUAGCAGCACGCCGCUGCUGCUGCCGCCGCGCCGCGCUGCGCCCCUGGCCGUGCCGGCGCCCGCCGACAUCAUGCAGAUGCCCAUCGUGUUCGCGGACGACGAGCCGGCGCCGCCGCUGCCGGCCUCGCCCAUGCUCGGUGAGCAACAACAUCUCAAAUCACGCAAGGUUCGAUUCGGACCCGUUCUAAUACGCGAAUCGUCGAUUGCAGACGCGAGCGGCGGGGACAGCCCGGUGACGGUGACGAGCGGCGGGUCGAGGGGCGGCGCGGCGCUGAAGUACACGCGCGUCAUCGUGGCCAAGCGCGGCGCCAGCGCGCGGCCCGUGCUGCUGCGGCGCGUGCUGGGCCGCGGCCGCGGGCCCCGCUGAGGGACGCGCGCGGCG